AUGUGCCACUUUCAGGUCUCCUCACACUGCUGGUGUGUUGAAUUUUUUGACAUAGGGUGCUGGCAGAUUACGGGCCUCCCAUAGCUGCUGCCAGGCCCCUAAUCUGCCAUGGGCCCCUAUAUACCGCCUCCUCAUGCUGCUGCCAAGUCCAGAGUCUCUCAUGGGUCCCUGUACGGCCUCCCAUUGCUGCUGUCUCCAUCACCACACUCUGCCAUGUGCCACUUUCAGGUCUCCUCACACUCUGCUGGUUUCCAUUUUGUCAUAGGUUGCUGUAUGGCCUCCCAUUGCUGCUGCCUCCACCGACACACUGUGGCUCCAAACACUGGUUUUGGCCCCGUGACUGGCCAAAUGAGUGAAGUGUGCGGUGAUUCUAAGAUCGACGGCACUCAUCUGCAUGUCAUACUGACUGACAGUAUUAUUUCUCUUCCCCAGCAGACUCCAAGGGCAUUUAAAUUAAAGGUACAGUGUUCUGCACUAAUAUUA